AUGCUGCAAAACGUUUUCAACCAGGUCACCGAUUCGCAACUCUCGACAAGCCCUGCGUGCCGGAUCCGUGCGCAAAAUGAGGACGUCACCACGAAGCUGAUUCGGCUGUGCAACUGCAAGGGAUCGAUCGCCUGCGUUCACAACCGAUGUCUGCUUCAAUGGGUCACGACAACAAACAAAAAGCUUGACUUUCGUUGUUCAACUGCCUGGUUGAUCUUCAUGUCAACGCUCUUUUUUUUGGUCGUCAGAAAUGGUCUAUUCGAUCUUCGAAAUCUCGUCGGCUGUGUUAUUGGAAACAGCACAAUCUGGUAUAAAUUGUGUGAC